CAAACAAAACAACCAACCGCGAAACGGUUCUUCAAGAUUGUUAUGUUACAUAUUUGCCUGUUAAAGUCAUGAAAUUUAUCUUGUUAUGAACUUAAAUGUCAUCUAUUGGUGGAAAUUACUCUGGUGAUAAUUUCAAUUAUAUAUUGGUAAAUUAUAGGAUAUUUUACCAGUUUCGCUACACCCAAUUAAAUUAAAAGCUCUUGUUUCCAGUACUCUGGUAAACCCAGAGCACCAAGAGGAAAUGCCACGUGUACACACUGCGCAUGUGCCCGACGAGUUUUACGUUGAUCCUGGGUGAUCCCAACUUCCGGUUGAAAGAGGAGAAGUGUCUCUCUCACACGAUUACUCUUGACAAGGCCUCUCGUUACUCAACCCGUACGGUAGUUGAACCGGGUUUCGGCUAAUAGCCAUGGCUCUGUGAUCCACCAACGAGUCAGCUAAUUAACUUUUUUUUAUAAAGGAAUCAGGAGACGUCACUAUAUAGAAUUUGUAAACGUCAGAGCCAACAGGUUUGAACGUUGCCCAGCGACGGACUAGUUAGCUAGUUAGCUAGCUAGCUAAAGACGCAGCUAACCAAAGCAGCUCUAAAUUAGGUUCCCUUGGUGUACUAUUUCAAGAUGUCAACUGCGGGGUUUAACUCACAGAAUGGGACAGGGACAGGACAGGCGUAUGUGAAUGGUCCGUCACAGAAUCCAGUUGCCCUGCAGCAGCUGCCAGGGGUCAGCUAUGGCAUGACUCACCAACCCACCUACAAUCCAAUGCAGGCCAAAGCUCCCGCUGCCCCCGGCCCUGGACUCUACCCCUCUGGGCCAUACCAACCCGCUCCCCCAGUCUGUUCCUACCAGCCCGGCCCACCACUCACUUCCUACCCAGCUCCUCCAGGCCAGUCGCUGUUGACUAGGCCUCUAAUGGGAGGUCCUCCGUCCCAUACCCCUCCUCAGUCUGCCAGCCCUGGUCCUAGGCUGCCCCCUGCACAGGCCACACCUCCCCCUCCUGCUGUGUCUUCUAGUAGCUAUUACCCAAACCCCCAGCAGCCACAGCCUGUGGCUCCGGCAUGGCAGUACAACGCAGCUCCCCCACAAAUGGGGCCACCCACUUCCAUUAGCACACCUCCCCGUGGCCCAGUGGCUAAUCAUGUGAACCCAGCUGCAAGCUCGACAGCGCCGCCGCCGCCACCGUCAUCGGCAGCUUACAGCGCUGCACCACCAGCCCAUGUGUCCCAUAGUGUCACCCAGCCCCAAGGGCCAGGGAUGCCCCGAACAUCUCUGCAUGGAUAUACACAGCCAGGCACUGCACCUCCACCAAUGACUCACAUGGCUCCCCAGACGUUCCAUCCAAGCAGAGCUCCCUAUGGCCCCCCACCUACUGGCCCACCACCAACCAUGAAACCCCCACCGCCUUCCACUGGACCCGCGAUGGCCAAUGCCACACCUCCACCCCCCAGGGCAGAUGCUCAGUGUGGGGGUGCUGCCGUUAACAGCACUCUGCCCCCCACUGAGCCCGACUGCCAGGAUGGGGAUAUUGAAUGUCCAGGAACUGUGGCUGGCAAUGGCCCAGGAGCACCAAACAGCUAUAAUCAUGUUGACAACAAAAUGGCUGGCCUGCCCCAACCCGGACCACCUGGUCGGCACUUGGGCCACUACCCCUCCCUCCCCCCUGGGUACCAGAACACCCCUGCUCCCCACAACGCCACCUCCCCCAUGCACCCUGCGAUGCAGGCCGCCACGCAGCCUUACACUCAAGCACCUCACCCAUACCAGCAGCCACCCGGUGGCCCAGGGCCAGCCCAACUGAGCCCGUCCCUGGCAGCCAUGAGCCUCCAGGCCAGCACCCCAGAGGCCCUGAGAGUGGUCAACCUGCUGCAGGAGAGGAACCUGCUGCCACCAAGCCCGAUCCCCGCCCCAAUACCCUGCCUCCAACAGGACCUGCAGAAGAUCAACUGCAACCCAGAGGUUUUUCGUAGUACGCUGACCAGCAUCCCUCAGACUCAGUCGCUGCUCAAUAAAGCCAAGAUGCCUCUGGGCCUGCUGCUCCACCCCUUCAAAGACCUUUCGCAGCUUCCUGUGGUGACAUCCAGCACCAUCGUCAGGUGUCGGUCCUGCAGAACCUACAUCAAUCCCUUUGUCUCCUUCCUGGACCAGAGGAGGUGGAAGUGCAACCUGUGUUAUCGGGUCAAUGAUGUUCCAGAGGAGUUUAUGUACAACCCAGUCAGCAGAUCGUACGGAGAGCCGCACAAAAGACCCGAGGUCCAGAACGCCACCAUUGAAUUCAUUGCUCCUUCAGAAUACAUGCUGAGGCCACCACAGCCUGCUGUUUACCUCUUCAUUCUCGAUGUAUCCCAUAAUGCAGUGGAGACAGGCUACCUGAAUGUGUUCUGUCAGUCGCUGCUGGACAACAUCAAUGCGCUUCCUGGAGACUCUCGGACAAAGGUAGGCUUCAUCACCUUUGACAGCACCAUCCACUUCUACAACCUCCAGGAGGGACUUUCUCAGCCUCAGAUGCUCAUCGUGUCCGACAUCGAAGAUAUAUUUUUACCAACACCAGACAGCCUUCUAGUAAACCUCAAUGAAUGCAAAGAGCUCGUGCAGGAUCUGCUGAAGAGUCUGCCAACUUUAUUUGAAAAGACCAUGGAGACCCAGUCUGCCCUGGGUUCAGCUCUGCAAGCAGCCUUCAAGCUGCUGUCGCCCACCGGAGGGCGCAUGUCUAUCUUUCAGACCCAGCUGCCUAACCUCGGUGUGGGGGCCCUCCAGUCCAGGGAAGACCCCAACCAGCGGGCAUCUGCCAAGGACGUCCAGCACUUAUCCCCAGCGACAGACUUCUACAAGAAGCUGGCUCUGGACUGCUCCGGCCAGCAGGUGUCGGUCGACCUGUUCCUGCUCAGCUCUCGGUACUGCGACCUGGCAUCACUCGGCUGCAUAUCCAGAUACUCGGCAGGGAGCGUUUACUACUACCCCUCCUACCACCACCAGCACAACCCUGCUCAGGUGGAGUGCUUCCAGAAGGAUCUGAAGAGAUACUUAACCAGGAAGAUCGGCUUCGAGGCCGUCAUGAGGAUACGCUGCACCAAAGGUCUGUCCAUCCACACGUUCCACGGAAACUUCUUUGUUCGCUCCACAGAUCUGUUGUCCCUCCCCAACGUGAACCCAGACGCUGGCUUUGCGGUUCAGAUGUCCAUCGAGGAAAACCUGGACGACAUGCAAGUCGUCUCUUUCCAGGCCGCGCUGCUUUACACGUCCAGCAAAGGAGAGAGGAGGAUCCGUGUCCACACCUUGUGUCUCCCUGUGGUCAAUUCUCUGUCAGACAUCUUUGCUGGGGCUGAUGUUCAAGCCAUCAGUGGACUGCUGGCUUGCAUGGCUGUGGACCGCUCGGCGACGGCCAGUCUGAGUGACGCAAGAGAUGCGAUGACCAACGCUGCCAUCGACUCGCUGACGUCGUACCGGCAGUCUGUGUUGACCAUCCAGCAGCCCGGCCUGCUGGCCCCAGCCUGCCUCAGACUCUUCCCCCUCUUCAUCCUUGCCCUGCUCAAACAGAAAGCCUUCAGGACGGGCACCAGCACCAGGCUGGAUGACCGGGUGUUUGCCAUGUGUCAGCUGAAGUACCAGCCACUGGUUUAUGCAAUGCUGAUGAUCCACCCUGCUCUGUACCGUCUCGACGAUCUGACCGAUGAGGGAGCGUUGAACAUCAAUGAGCGGACCAUCCCUCAGCCCAGAGUGCUGCAGCUGUCUGUGGAGAAGCUCAGCAGGGAGGGCGCUUUCCUCAUGGAUGCUGGAACGGUGAUGUAUCUGUGGAUCGGACGGAACUGCCACCCAAACUUCCUCACACAAGUCCUGGGAGUUCCCAGCUAUGCUGCCGUGCCUGAUAACCUGUAUCUGCUCCCAGAGCUGGACAGUGCCGAGUCGCAGAGAACCAGAGCUUUCAUCGGUUGGCUGAGAGACCAGAGGCCGUUCUUCCCCUCGCUGCAUGUCAUCAGGGACGAGAGCCAGCUGAAACCCACCUUUAUGCAGAACAUGAUCGAGGACAGAACAGAGUCGGCCCUGUCGUACUACGAGUUCCUGCUCCACCUCCAACAGCAAAUCUCCAAAUAAUCUUCAGUGGGACUGUGGAGACGAGAGAACACUGAGUGAGGACGCGCAUCAGUGUAUGUGUGUGCGUAUGUAUGUAUAUGAUGUAUGUGUGUGAAAGCAGUGGAGGUCAGACUCAAGGAUGCUCCAUCUCUAGCUGUGGUCCGCCAUCUCUCUAAAGCUGAACUGACGUGAACUCUCAAAUCAAACAGUGUGACGGACAGUGCGAGGACGGAGAGUGACAAAGAAUCGAUUCUGAUGCUUAUUUGGCACUUUUUACCCAGCUGAAGCUAUGCGUUGGAAGAAGAAAAAAAGAUGAUGAUGGUGAUUGUGUAUGUCAAUGAUCGAAUGAAUCAGUGUUUAUUCUCAUAGAACAAUGCUGUCUAACUGAGGUAUCGUUCAGAUACAGUCCAGGCAAACUGAUGUGUUUUUGUUCAGAAAGCACAGUCGUCUUUACUAAAACAAGUCAAACGUGUGAAUGCUUAAGAUAAGGUUCAUGAGGAAGGUUAGUAUGUCUGUGCUCAAAGACUGUUAUUGAGUGUCACCCAGGAGUAUUUCUAUACACAACACCUGAGCUCUAACAACCCUCUGUACCUGAAGGACAGAACGUGUGCUUUUUUUAAUUUCUCAGUCAUUAUAAAUGUGUGUCGAACAAAUUCAUAGUCUGUGUUGUAAGAGGAAGGAAUGUUAAAGGUGUUUGAAGGCGGAUCGGCCUCGCCGUCACCGCUGCCUUGAAUGUGUGGACUCAGCAGUGGAAAGUCGUUUUCAUCGGUCUGAUCUGUCCUACAGAAACGUCAUCUUUUCUCUCUUUGGACAUUCACAACACCUCUGACGACAUCGCUGUUCUGUUUGUUAAUUCUUUCUUUUUUGUUUUGUUUCCUAUUAUCUAAUAAUUUAUGAGACUCCCAAUCUGAUUAAAUUCUAUAAUUGCCUUGUAUGGGAAGUCACUUUUUAUUAUUAAACCUCUGUUUAAAUACAGACUCUAUAUAUGAAAUAUUUUAAUAUAAUAGGAUAUGGGAAAUUCUUUAACACAGACAUAACAAAGCCAUUGUGAUCUUUUAAUCAUGCUUAUUGAUACUUGUAUAUUGAAAAAGACUGCAUUAUAUAAGGUGAUGAUUUUAGUAUAAACAUAAAGGUGAAAUGACGCUAAGGAAAUAAAAUGUUUGGGACUUUUUAAAUGUAGUUUUGUGUUUUGGUGGGUGAACAGUGUUUAUUCAGUGAAAGCGAAGACUACAGAACAGUAUAUGGACCAAUAAUAGUCAAUUUUUCACUUGACUGAGCGUGAAUUGAAGUUUUUUUUUUUUUUUUUGAUUUGGUCUGAUUUCAUACGGUUUGUAAUCUAUGUAUUAUAUAAGCAAAAAUGUAUUUAGGAACAGACAGAUAUGUUUUGGUCUUCAUGCACAAAAUUGUCUUUCAUACAAAAAAAACUGAUGAAAAUAAAAAUAGCCUGUGUUUGAACAGAGUAAAUUG